AAAUAUUACCCCAAAUAUCGCCCCCAAUAUUACCCAAAAUCAAAGAACCAUUACAGAAAGCCCAUGUGAAAUAUACAAGCGCCAAAUGCCAACUAACAACAUAAGACAAGAAACCCCAUGUAAUGAAUGUAGUGAUAAAUACCAAGCUGCUUCGGUUCCACCGCCUCCUGACUGCGAAUACCAAGAGUUUGGAGCAGAGAUGGGCGGCAACUCGCUCAUCAUUCGCGUGCAUAAAGACAAUGCGCGUGUGGACCAGCUGAAAGACGAAUCCUGCUGCUGCGAGCCGGGAGGUAAGCCGAAACCUGCCGUUUAUCAAGUCUCGCAAUCCUCACCAUGCACUUGUUCCAAUCAGGCCGCCGGCGCAGCAACACGAAAAGGAGGCGUAUGUCCUGAUUGCUGUCCCGAUAAUAAAACUCCCUUUACGUUCAAAAUGGGCGGCACCACUCAAGCAGAUAAUCAGAUUAGUGUGUUCUCACCAACUAAGAACGACCCAUCCGAUAACAAAUUGGGUACCUUGGCAGAUCCAACAAAGGAAGUGUUUAUUCUGAGAAUCGGAAAGAAAAAUGAGAGCGCUUCAAAGAAGAAUAACAUGGAGAUUGAGUUAUGCACACCAAGGGGAAAAGAAUUUAAACCACCGCAACCGAAAACCGAUACAGAACAACAAUGUGAUGCUCAGGAAGUAAAAGCAGAAAAGGGCAAAAAAGGAAAAGGUAAAAAGGGCAAAGGCAAAAAGGGCAAAGGAAAGGGUAAAAAGAAAAAGUGAUUGUGUUAAUUGUGUAAUUGUCAAUUAAUAAACCUAUCUGUGUAUCAAA